AUGCGAACUCAGAUGCUUCACCUUCGUCGGGUCGAUACCCGCCAGCUGUUCCAGCGCACCUUUGCCCAGAGUUCAGCUGCCCGCUCAUCAGCCGACUUCCGUUCGCGCCCUCAUCUCCCUUUCCUCUAUAUCCCGACCACGCGCCCACGCGUGCGCUACCUGACCACUGAGCGUAAGGCCAAGCUCAAGUAUGAGAUCAAGGUAGGCAUCAAGUACACUGGCUACUUCUGGAUUGCCGGCUUCUGCUUUUUUGCUAUCUACUUCGCCAUCGUCGAAGAGAAGCUCGAACGUCACUAUCCCAGCCCUCACGAAUGGACGUACUGGACCCGCGUCAAUUUCCGUGGCGGCCAUUGCGCUAGAUAUGAGCCGCCGCCGGGGAAAAUUACGGACUGGAAGCAGGUCGCCUGGUGGGCAGAGAAAACACUUAAGCGACUGGAGGAUCCUAACAUCGAUGGCAAAGACGUAAAGGACGCCCCGCACGACUGCCCUCCAGGCACGAAGGAUAUCAGUGCUAAGUCUGAGGAGUGGAGGCGAGGUUACUACGAGACUAUGAUUCUCUUUGCCAAGGCUGCUGAGUACAUGGACGGCUGGGUGCUUGAUACCAAGAGGAACCUUACCUUCCCUCCCGGAACCAUGAUCGGCCCCUCCAACCCCUUCCCGAAGCCUCUCCCUCCAGGCUUCAAGGGCGCUCCAAGAGAAGAAGAUUGCGUGCUUCGAUUCGAACCCCCAGACUCAGUCUACCUCCGAAUCCUUAACACCGUAGGCUUCAACAACCGCCAAAAGAUCGAAGCCGGCAUCGCGUACGCAUCCUGGCUCGAAUACAAAGGCAUUACCGGGCCAGCCAGCAUCGUUUACGAAGACGCAGUUCGCCUCGCCGCCUCAGAACGUACCGACCUCACUGUCGAGCCCAUCGACAAGAAGACCUGGAUUCUCAACGAAGCCGCAGGCCCUCCCUCUGAAAACCUCCUCAAUGCCCUAACCGCCUACGCAACCUUUCGCGCUCGCCAAGGCGACGUCGCCUCUGCCCUGCCCAUCUUCGUCUCAAUCCUCAAAGCCCGCCGCUCGCUGCAAGGCGAGUUCUCCGGCCCCACCUCCAUCACGGCCAGCUUGAGGAACCAGCCGUCCCAGCCCAAGGGCACAUGGGCCUGGGUGCGCAGCAUCCUUGUACCUCCAGCCUACCCGCCGCCCCCGCCGGACGGGACUGCCCCGCCUGUUCGCGAUGCAAAGGCUUUGUGCCAGGAGGCAGCGCUGAGCUUGCACAUCGGCGAGAUUAUGUACACGACGCCGGGGGUCACGGGCAAGGCUUCUAGCAGCGGAAGGGAUCAUCGUGAAGAAGGCCUCGCCUGGACACGGGAAGCAGUUGAUAUUGCGGAGGAACAGCUCCGCAAACUUGGUUCUUCCUCAGCGCCGGGGAAGCCAUCUGAGACGCGGGUAACCUGCAAGGAAUGUCUUGCUACAGGCCUAGAUAAUUGGUCGACGAUGGUGAGCAGGUUGGCGAAGGAGGAAAGGCAGAAGAUAAAGGAGGAGGCAGAAAGGAAGAGGAAGGCUAAGGCUAGCAGCGGUUGGCUUGGGAGUUUGUGGGGACAAGGGCCAGCUGCUGUUGUAGAGAGCGAGGAGGCUGAGAACACGGAACGAGUCGGUCGCUGGGGAGCUGAGGAAAAGGUAAUUGAGGAGAGAAGGAAGAGGGUAAGGGAGCUGUUGGAGGACUUAAGGCCUUUGCCAAGAGGGCCGUUGUCUUGGUUGCAGGCUUGA